AUGAAGCCUACAAAGUUGCAUUAUUGGAUUUUGGGUUGCUUUUCCAUGAUGCUAUGUUGUUGGUGUACUCCACAUAAAUUCACCCAAAGUGACAACUACCCUCAUACCUGGAAAAAGCUGUACCUUGCUCAUCAUUGGCCAGUGACUGUAUGUAAGAUGAGUGCUAAUGAUUGUCAAGACCCUCCAGAGUACUGGACAAUCCAUGGACUGUGGCCUGACAAAACUGAGGAGUGUAAUAGGACGUGGCAUUUCAAUGUCACCGAGAUUAAGGACCUCAUGUCAGACAUGAGACACUACUGGCCUGAUGUUCUUCAUUCAUCUCAGAAUCGCACCCAGUUCUGGAAACAUGAAUGGGAUAAACAUGGCACCUGUGCAGCCACGCUUGAGAUUCUUAAUUCUCAGAAGAAAUACUUUGGUAAAGCUUUAGAACUCUACAAGAAAGUUGAUCUUAACGGUUGUCUCCUGAAAGCCGGGAUAAGGCCAAGCAGUUCAUAUUACCAGAUGACUGCCAUAAAGGAAGCUCUUACAAGAUUUUAUGGUGUAAUGCCGAAGAUCCAGUGUCUUCCACCAGAAGAGGGUGAAAAAGCACAAACAAUUGGUCAGAUUGAAUUCUGCUUCACUAAAGAACUGCAGCUGCGAAACUGCACAGCGCUGAAAGAUGAAUCUAACCCAAUCCACGCUGACUUGAAGCUUGGAACUGAGGAGUUGUCUAUCUGCAAUGAUGCUCUCCCAACCUAUUAUCCUUCACAGGUUCAAGAUCACAAAUGA